AUGGGAGUACCAGCAUUUUUUCGGUGGUUGAGUCGGAAGUAUCCUUCCGUAAUAGUGGAAUGUAUCGAGCAAAAGGUAGGUUAGGUUAUUUAUUUGGAUGAGCACUUCCCGCUUAAUACACAGGAUAAUUGUAUUUUCAUUGUAUCUUUGUAGCCGAUAACUACGAAUGGUGUACGAGUGCCAGUAAAUUCUGCGGAUCCCAAUCCAAAUGGAAUAGAAUUUGACAAUUUGUAUCUUGAUAUGAACGGCAUCAUACAUCCUUGCACCCAUCCGGAAGAUAAACCGGCACCAAAAAAUGAGGAAGAAAUGAUGGAGGCCAUUUUCGAGUGCAUCGACCGUCUAUUUCGUAUUGUAAGACCAAGGAAAUUACUUUAUAUGGCAAUUGAUGGAGUUGCACCCAGAGCAAAAAUGAACCAGCAAAGAUCAAGAAGGUUCAGAGCUUCGAAAGAAACAAAUGAGAAGAUUAAUGAAAUAAAGAGAAUACGUUCUGAAUUAGUGCUUAAAGGCGCCUCUUUGCCUCCAGAGAAACCGAAAGAAGACCAUUUUGACAGCAACUGUAUCACCCCUGGCACACCAUUUAUGGCACGAUUGUCAAAGUGUUUGCAUUACUACAUACAUGACCGUUUAAACACUGAUCCUGGUUGGAGAAAUAUAAAAGUAAUUUUGAGUGACGCAAAUGUACCAGGUGAAGGAGAACAUAAAAUAAUGGAUUUUAUACGUAGACAGAGAGGUCUUGCAACGCACGAACCUAACUUUACAAUUAUUCGUGAGGAAUUUAAGCCGAAUAAACCGAAACCGUGUGACAUAUGUGGUCAAUUGGGACAUGAGAUGCAGGAGUGUACGGGUGCAGAGCAUAAUCCAAGAGAUGAGGCUAAUGUUUUUGGAUCCGAAUGCCAGUACAUAUUUGUGCGAUUAAAUGUUCUCAGAGAAUAUUUAGAAAGAGAGUUGCAAAUGCCUAAUCUACCAUUUAAAUACGAAUUCGAACGAGUUAUCGAUGAUUGGGUGUUCAUGUGUUUCUUCGUAGGAAACGAUUUUCUUCCUCAUCUUCCGUCUUUGGAGAUUAGAGAAGGGGCAAUCGAUAGACUCGUUAAUUUGUACAAAAAAGCAGUAUAUAAAACAGGAGGAUUUCUCACAGACAGUGGAGAUGUAAAUUUGGACAGAGUUCAACUUAUAAUGUCCGAACUAGGCAGUGUCGAAGACGAAAUUUUUAAGAAAAGACAACAGAAUGAAUUAGCCUUCAAACAACGCGAGAAGGAUAAAAAGAGGAGGUUACUGGGCGUCGGUAACAAUAAGCCAAAAUGGAUCCCUACGGGACAAUUUGCACCAACACGUAUUGGUGACCGUGUUAGUCCAGUAAAAAACGCACGUUACGAAGCCUAUCAAAUGCGCAUUCAUGGCCAAAACUAUCAUACAAGUGCAACGGGAAAUUCUAAAGAGAUGCUGGAAAGUAUGAUGCGUCCUGAGAAUGCGACUAAUCAGGAGUGUAAACGUAAAAGUGAUGCACUUGAAGAUGAGUCGGAUGACGAUCAAGCGCAUGAUGAAGUUCGAUUGUGGGAAGACGGUUUCAAGGAUCGUUACUACGAAUCGAAAUUCGAUGUAUCUCCCGAUAAUUUGGCGUUUAGAAAUAACGUAGCGUUACAGUAUGUACGCGGUUUAUGUUGGGUUUUACGAUAUUACUAUCAAGGUUGUGCUUCAUGGAAAUGGUAUUUUCCAUAUCAUUAUGCACCAUUUGCUAGCGAUUUCAUCAACAUCGGUGGUCUUUCCACCGAAUUUGAGAAAGGAACUACACCAAGAUCGCCAAUUAUCGAUUUCUAUCCAGAAGAUUUUAAAAUUGACUUAAAUGGCAAAAAGUUUGCUUGGCAAGGAGUAGCCCUACUUCCUUUCGUCGACGAGAAACGGCUGUUCAAAGCAUUGGAGCCAUAUUACGAUUUCUUAACAGAAGCAGAAAAAAAACGAAAUGUUCGAGGGGACGAUCGACUAUAUGUUGGACUGGGCAACAGUAACUAUAAUUUUAUAAAGGAACUUUACAUAAACCACGUGCGAUUCGACGUAGAAACUUCGAUAUCCAUAGACGGCAUGCGAGGUACAGUAUUGUUGGCAGAAGACUGUGUCGGAGAUGGGGCUACUUUACCCUCACCUAUAAAUAGUCUACCAGUCAGGAAUAAUAAAAGAUACAAUUGUCUCCUUUUUUCCUGUUGUAGUGUCAGAUUCAGAGAUCCAAAAUAUAGCACUAAUUUCAUUUUCCCCGCGAGGAAGUUGAAGGGCGUUAAAGAACCGUCAAGAGUUUUGAAACCUCAAGACUUUGACCAAAUGAAUCGUAAUACUGGAAACACUUGGAAGCCGCAGAUUGGUUUUACUCCGUCUACGCAAGUUGCUUCGUUGAGUGAGGCAGGUCGAAGAAUACUUGGGUGA